AUGCUUCACCGUGCUCAACGUACACGCGAAGUCGAUGCUAUCCAGAAGCUCGCCUUCUUUACGAAACAUAUUCAUAUUCAAAUCAAUAAUGCAUAUGAGCAAAUAUUUGCUUUGACACAGAAUCCUCUACAAGUCUAUCGUGGUAAGACAAUGUUAAACGGUGAAUUUGAGAUUCUGAUAAAAAAUAAUUGUGGUGGUUUACUGUCAUGCUCGACGUUUCUAAUAACCAGUGUUGACAAAAAUGUUGCAAUGAAUUUUCUUCGUCGUCGAAUAGCAACUCAUGCGGAAAGAAUAGCGAUCCUCUUUGAAAUACAUGCCGAUCCAAUGAAACAUAAUACAACGAGUCCGUUUGCUUCACUGGACAAUAUCGAUUUGAAUGAAGAAUCAGAAAACGGCAAGAUUUGCUUCACUCUAAGCGUGAUCUUCCGUAUUGAAUCUGUCGAAAAAAUGGAUGAACAAUCGAUGAAUAAUAUGUGGACGGUGAAAUUGAUACUCAUUGAUGAUCAUGAUCGACAUGUACGUCAUCUCAUUGAACCUCUAAGAAAUAACGAUGUACAUGCCAAUCCACUUUUUCACUUGGGUAAGCUACUCAUCGCAAUGGGUGAUUAUGAUCACGCCGAACAAUUCUAUUAUAAAAUACUAGCUGAUACUUCGGUUGUCAAUCGUCCACAUCGACUCAGUCUUAUGCAGAAAGGUCUUGGCAGUAUCUUAAUGUAUAAAGGCGAACACAACAAAGCUAUUGACCACUUACAUGAAGCACUCAAAGUGAGCUUGAGCUAUCUACCCUCUGAUCAUCCUGAUCUUGCAAGUAUCUAUACCAUGAUCGGUAGCUGUUAUUCUCAUAUGACUAAUUAUGCAUUAGCUUUGGACAAUUACAAACGAGCCAUGCUAUUGAUGCAGAAUAAUAUUCAAUCGAUUGAUCAACAAUCUAUCAACGACGUACAUAGCUGUAUUGUCCAUUUCAGUGAGUUACUUGAACAUCAGAAAUGA